UCGCUUGCGGGAACUCUCCGCCAACAACACGAACAUCACCACCAACAUCACCACCAACAUCACCACCAACAACACCAACAUCACCACCAACAACACCAACAUCACCACCAACAUCACCACCAACAACACCACCAACAACACGAACAUCACCACCAACAACACCAACAUCACCACCAACAUCACCACCAACAACACCAACAUCACCACCAACAACACCAACAUCACCGCUAACAACACGAACAUCAUCGCCACCCAUCCACCCGUCGUCGUCUCCGUCGUUUCGCGUUGUCCCCGCGGUAUUCGGAACGCGUGGCUGCGUUGUCGAGAGCCAUCGCGAGCCAACGCAGUGAGUUGUUGUUGUUGUUGUCGUGGUCGUGGUGGUCCGUGCGCCCCACCGAAUCGACGCUGUCGAAGUUACCACCGUCGCCAACUCUCGCACAGCCGGGAGACUUUUGAUUAAAUCAAUAAAGUUACUGGAUAUACGAAAGAAGGCAAAGUGCCCGGCCGUAACGCGAGUUUGACGCUUUCCAAUUCGCGAUAUCAACUACUGUACUUCAAGUUUACGUCCGUGAUCAAUGACUUAAUGUUGACGUCCACCAUCCAAGGAAGCUUUAGAGAGGAGUGCAGUCAGGCAAACACUUGACCACAACUAAUUCAUGUCCCCAUGGGCUUACCGUGCGUGACGCUUGCCGAACGAACCACUUGCCUUAAAUCCUCAAAAAGGAUAUAACUCAGCCAGGCACUUGUAUAACUUGACGGUCUGAUCUGCUGCGUUUCAAAUAAGAUAUGGGUGAAGCUGUAGCCUGCUGUUGAGAUUUAGCUUGCUGAACAUAGCUGCAUGCAGCCAGCAAGGUAACAAUCCGGAGAUCGUACAGAUUUGAGGUCAGUUUUGGUUUAGAAAUUUUUUUUAACGAAUUUAAAGCUCUUUAGACGGAUGCUUAAGACUGAAGUGGAAUUCAUCAUCUACAUUUGUGAAAACGAACAGAGACUGAAUGGGAACAUGUGCCCCCAUGACCUCGAGUGGUGUGUGCAAGAUUUCAUCACGUGUGGAUUUUUCAAAAAUCCUCUUUUAUGUUAGCCUGCAUUUUGCCCUUGGAGCUUGGCAUAUUUGUGUACUAUAUACAUUAUUGACGAGAAGCACAUAAGUGAAUACUUUAUUUUUUUAAACAUAAACAGUCAUGAUAUUGUCUUCAUAUUCAACACAAGACAUCGUGUCAGCCGUGGCCACCUUUAGUACCAUCGCAUUUUUUUUCACCGGAAUUGAUAUAUGUUUGAAAAUUAAAAGGAAGGGGAACACUAAUGGAUUAUCAAUGUUUCCUUUUGUCGCAUGCACUGUCUGUUCAGUGCUGUGGUUGAGGUAUGGAUUACUGAAGACUGACAUGACAUUAAUAUACGUCAAUGCUGCUGGGGCUUUUAUAGAGUUCCUGUACGUCCUUUACUUCUAUAGUCACGCCGACGAAAAGAAACCACUUCACAGGAUGUUGUUAGGCGCCACGUGCAUCCUAUUCGCGACGCUUGUUUACAUAAAGUUCUUGGCGGAAGAUGUGGAAACUGCAAAGUAUCACCUGGGUCUGCUCUGCACUUUCGGUGCAGUUAUCAAUUUUGGCGCGCCACUUGCUUCCAUUGCUGAAGUGUUGCGGACCAAGAGCACGGAGUGUCUGGCCCUCCCCUUGUGCCUCGCUAACUUUGUCGUGGCUCUGGAGUGGUUCAUAUAUGGAGUCAUCAUUCAUGAUAGCUUCGUUAAGAUUCCAAAUGUGCUGGGAUCGAUGCUGGGAGUGGCACAGCUGUCGCUCUUCGUUAUGUAUCCAAGGACUGAAAACCCUCCACGAUAUGAUAUGUCGUCACCCACGCUGAAAGCUCCAUAAGUGCAUACGUAUCGGUGGCUUGGACAUUGAAUUACACAACAUCUGUGUUGUACUAUCAGCAUUAUACAAAGUGUUUGGAAUUUUAAAGAAAAAUGGAUGAAACUUUAUCAAUGGAUAUGGGUGUUUUUUUUUACCUUGACAAGUAAAAUUGUGGGUUUAGAAACCUUGUAACAAAAACUAAGGCAACAGGAAAUGUGUCAGUAUUUUAGAAGUCUCAAUUCUUUUUCACCUUAGCUGCCUUAGGCUUUAAAUCAGUUUUUUUAUGAAAGUAUUUUUACAAAUGCGAACUAUAUAUUCAGACCUGAAUGGGAUUGUUGCAUUUACACACCGUCGUGCAUGAUGAUAUAUAUUGCUACAUGCAUGGUAAAGAACUCCACAGUUCCAUUUGAUAUGUUUCAUAAUGUAGCCAAAACACAUUUCUGCUCGCAUUGUAUCGGGGUUGGUGGAAUGUUAGAGUUCACUUGACCAUUGCACAAUUGUGCCCUUUUGAUGCAAGUGAAUAAAUCACUCGGUGGCCACAUCACAUCCGCAUUUGGAUGACAUUGUCUCGGCAUGCUUAUUUGAGGCGUGAUAUCGAUUUAUUUACGUGUUGAAUUUCUUUGGCACCGUACAUAGCCAACCGUAUUAUUCGGAGGUGUGGGGGGGGGGAGGUCAACAAACUAAAUACAAAAAGGAGUUGUAAUGAAAUGAGUUUGCAAUCGAUUUAAAAACAGCUUCCUAAUAUCGGAAGGAAGAGCAUUCCAGAAGGUCGCAGAUGAGCAUCUGAAAGUGCGCGAUGCAGUUACCGUCUUUGUUCGAUAGCCAAAAGCCAAUUCCAGGAUGACCGGAGUUCACGUGAUGGUUUAUGCUCUUUGACGAGAUCACAAAGGUAUUGUGGUUCAUUUGUGGCAAGCACUUUGUGCGUAAUGUUAAUGCUAAAUUACAGUCCUUUUUCAAUCCACUACUGGAUGAAUGCCUUCCGAGACAUUUUCGGUUAUGGGGGGUUUACCCAUACUUCCACAACGCUGGUCAGUGUGUUUUGAUGUAAAGGGGGUCCAGGACUGUUGUUGACACGUAUUCACUGUGAAACGGGAUGGGAUGCUAGGUUAGAGUAGUGCAAUAAACAUUGCUGGAACGCUCCUCACAUACCUUUAAGUGUUUGCUUUUUUGAUGAGUUUGCCCCGAGGCCUGUUUGUGUUUCAAAUGGAUUAUAAAAAAACGUAAUUGGACCAAUA